GCGGGGCAGGUCCCCCCGGAGUCGGUGAAGGCGAUGGCGGAGGCGGUGGGCCUGGCGGCGCUGCCCGAGGAAAGCUGCCAGCUCCUGGCCGAGGAGGUCAGCUACCGCCUCAAGCAGGUGGCCCAGGAGGCGCUCAAGUUCAUGCGGAUGGGGAAGCGGCGCAGCCUGGCCACCGCCGACCUCGACUGCGCCUUCAAGCUCAAGAACGUCGAGCCCUUGUACGGCUUCUGCGCACAGGAGUUCAUCCCCUUCCGCUUUGCCAGCGGUGGCGGGCGUGAGCUGUACUUCUACGAGGAGAAGGAGGUGGACCUGAGUGACAUCAUCAACACGCCGCUGCCCCGCGUCCCGCUGGACGUCUGCCUCAAAGCGCACUGGCUGAGCAUCGAGGGCGUCCAGCCGGCCAUCCCCGAAAACCCGCCUCCAGCCCCCAAGGAGCAGCAGAAGGCGGAGGCCACGGAGCCCCUGAAGGCCACUAAACCGGGGCAGGAGGAGGAGGACGGCGCCCUCAAGGGCAAAGGGCAGAGUGCCACACCCGGAGAGGGCAAAGGUAAGGAGAAGAAAUCCCCACUCUUGGAGGGAGCGCCCCUCAAGCUGAAGCCGCGCAGCAUCCACGAGCUCUCGGUGGAGCAGCAGCUCUACUACAAGGAGAUCACCGAGGCCUGCGUGGGGUCCUGCGAGGCCAAGAGAGCGGAAGCGCUUCAGAGCAUUGCCACUGACCCAGGACUCUACCAGAUGCUCCCGCGCUUCAGCACCUUCAUCUCGGAAGGGGUGCGCGUGAACGUCGUCCAGAACAACCUGGCGUUGCUCAUCUACCUGAUGCGGAUGGUGAAGGCGCUGAUGGACAACCCCACCCUCUACCUGGAGAAAUACCUGCACGAACUCAUCCCGGCGGUCAUGACGUGCAUCGUGAGCCGGCAGCUGUGCCUGAGGCCGGACGUGGACAACCACUGGGCCCUGAGGGACUUUGCCGCCCGGCUGGUGGCCCAGAUCUGCAAGAACUUCAGCACCACCACCAACAACAUCCAGUCGCGCAUCACCAAGACCUUCACCAAGAGCUGGGUGGACGAGAAGACGCCCUGGACCACGCGCUACGGCUCCAUCGCCGGACUGGCAGAGCUCGGACACGACGUGAUCAAGACGCUGAUCCUUCCGCGGCUGCAGGUGGAGGGUGAGCGCGUCCGGGCUGUGCUGGAGGGCCCCGUGGUCAGCAACAUCGACAAGAUCGGAGCCGACCACGUCCAGAGCCUCUUGCUGAAACACUGUGCCCCCGUCUUGGCCAAGCUGCGCCUGCCGCCUGACAACCAGGAGGCCUAUCGAGCCGAGUACGGGGCGCUGGGCACCCUGCUGUGCAGCCAUGUGGUCAAGGCCCGGGCCCAGGCCGCCAUGCAAGCCCAGCAGGUCAACCGCACCACCUUGACCAUCACACAGCCACGCCCAACGCUGACCCUUUCCCAGGCACCUCAAGGAGGGGGCGGCGGUGGAGGCGGUGCCACCCGGGCGCCCGGCGUGCUGAAGAUGCCCGGCGGCGCCAUCACGCUCCCGGUCCAGACGCUGGUCUCGGCCCGGCCGUCCACCCCCACCCAGCCCUCCCCGCCCCCCACCAAGUUCAUCGUCAUGUCCUCUGCCUCCGGAACCUCCGCCUCCCAACAGGUGAUCACGCUCAGCGGGGGCCCUUCCGGGACGCCCACCUCGCCGGUCACCACCACGGUCCCCAGCGCGCAGCCCCUGGUCAAGCUGGUCUCCGGGGGUCCAGCCACCCCCAACCCCUCGGUGGCCGGCAGUGUCCAGAAGUAUAUUGUGGUCUCGCUCCCGCCGGCCGCCUCCUCCUCCUCCGAGAGCAAAGGACCUUCCGCUGUGGCCACUACGGCCGCUGCCCAGCUCUCCCCGUCGCCUUCCUCCUCCUCCUCUUCCUCCUCCUCCACGCCCCCCAACCUGGGCCUGCCGGGGGUGUCCCUCGUGAAGACAGAGCGCAGCGAGAGCCCCCCCGGAGGCGUGGGCAGCAGCAGCAGCACCGCUUCGGCCACGGCCUUCCUCACCAAGGCCAACCAAGGCGGAGGAGGGACCGUGCCCGAGUCCCCGCAGACCCCCCUCUGAGCCGGGGAAAGGGGAGGGGCUUUUGGGGCCACCCCCCAAAAGGGGAGGAGCCACAUGCUGCGGACUGACCGUUUGUGGGUACAGCCGACCCUCCAAAAAUGUGACGCCAUUAAGGGAUCCAAUAAAAGGUAAUUUGCCUA